UACCUGGUUCUCCAAUCUCUGGUUAUUGUUAUGAAGUGGAAGUGAAAAAGAAAAAAAGGGAAGAGAUUGAAAAGAGAGAGAAAGAGAAAUGAGCUUAGCAUCUACGGCGUACGUUGCUCGGCGCGCGGCGCAGAAGGAGAAGGUUCGGAUUCUGUACCGCCGCGCUCUUAAAGACACUCUCAACUGGGCCGUUCAUCGCCACCUAUUCUACGACGACGCUGCAAACCUCCGCGAUCGGUUCGAGCAAAACAAACAUGUGGAAGACCCUGAUACCAUUGAUAGGUUAAUAGUGGAUGCUGAAGCUAGCUACAAUAAGUGGCGCCAUCCUGACCCUUAUAUUGUUCCAUGGGCACCUGGAGGUUCCAAGUUUACUCGCAACCCACCUCCACCUGAAGGGAUUGAGAUAAUUUAUAAUUAUGGCCGUGAAGACAACAACUGAAGCUUUUUUUAUUUCUUUCACCCCUUGCAAUAAAUAAAGAUUUGCAAUCAAAUUGUUCUGUAUUACUUAGAUUGUGGAUUAAAUCACCUUCAUUUAUUUGUAUGUGAUAUAAUUUGAAUAGUUGAUACAGACUGAGUCCGUGCUGAUGAUGUGGAAGAUAUUUAAUUGCUUCUGAACCAGUUGGCUCCUGGAACUUUGAAUGUGUUAAGCCUCUGUUUGUACUUUUUAUGGGCUCUGCCAUUGUUACUUGUCAGUUCGUGUUGGGAGUUUUUAAUAGAUAAAACUUGUUGCAUAAAUUGUAUGCAAAAUUCUUAA